CUGCGGCGUCGGGUCGAGGGCAGUAACGCUGAGCUCGUGGGGCGGAUGACGGAAAACGUGCCCAAACCACCUCCAUCGCCUUUCUUGAAUGGCCUGAAAUAUCCUCGCGAUAAGAUCGCAGCGGGUGCGGACUAUCUCAUUCGAGAUGAACUCGCUAUAAUUAACUCGCAGGAUGGUUUUGCACCGUAG